AUGGCGGCGGUGGAGCUGGAGUGGGUGCCCGAGACGCUCUAUAACACGGCGAUCUCGGCCGUGGUGGAUAGUUACGGGCGGGCCCGGCGCCGGGACAUCCGCUCGCUGCCCGAGAACAUCCAGUUCGACGUGUACUACAAGCUUUACCAACAGGGCCGCUUAUGCCAGCUGGGUAGUGAAUUUUGUGAACUAGAAGUUUUUGCAAAGGUGCUACGAGCUUUAGAUAAAAGACAUCUGCUUCAUCACUGUUUUCAGGCUUUGAUGGACCAUGGAGUAAAAGUUGCUUCUGUACUCGCCUAUUCUUUCAGUAGACGGUGCUCCUACAUUGCAGAAUCGGAUUCUGCUGUAAAAGAAAAAGCAAUCCAGAUCGGUUUUGUUUUAGGGGGGUUCCUAUCAGAUGCAGGCUGGUACAGUGAUGCUGAGAAGGUUUUUCUUUCCUGCCUUCAGUUAUGCACCCUUCAUGAUGAAAUCCUUCACUGGUUUCGUGCCGUAGAAUGUUGUGUAAGGCUGCUGCAUGUUCGAAACGGUAACUGUAAAUAUCACUUGGGAGAAGAAACUUUCAAACUCGCUCAGUCUUACAUGGACAAACUUGCAAAACACGGUCAGCAAGCAAACAAAGCAGCGCUCUAUGGGGAGCUGUGCGCACUGCUCUUUGCCAAGAGCCACUAUGAUGAGGCUUAUAAAUGGUGUAUAGAAGCUAUGAAGGAGAUCACAGUUGGCCUGCCUGUAAAAGUAGUAGUGGAUGUUUUACGACAAGCUUCAAAGGCUUGUGUUGUAAAACGUGAAUUUAAGAAGGCUGAACAGCUGAUAAAACAUGCAGUAUACCUUGCCCGGGAGCAUUUUGGAGCCAAGCACCCCAAAUAUUCUGAUACGCUACUAGACUAUGGAUUUUACUUGCUCAAUGUAGACAAUAUAUGCCAAUCUGUUGCAAUCUAUCAGACAGCUCUUGAUAUCCGGCAGUCAGUAUUUGGAGGUAAAAACAUACAUGUAGCUACAGCUCAUGAAGACUUGGCUUACUCUUCGUAUGUUCACCAGUACAGCUCUGGAAAAUUUGAUAAUGCACUAUUCCAUGCUGAACGUGCUAUUGGCAUUAUAACUCACAUUCUCCCAGAAGACCAUCUUCUCUUGGCAUCGUCAAAGAGAGUUAAAGCACUUAUCCUGGAGGAGAUUGCAAUAGACUGUCACAACAAGGAAACUGAGCAGAGGUUACUUCAAGAAGCUCAUGACUUACAUCUGUCCUCACUCCAGUUAGCUAAAAAAGCCUUUGGGGAGUUUAAUGUACAAACAGCAAAACACUAUGGCAACCUUGGAAGACUGUAUCAGUCCAUGAGAAAGUUUAAGGAAGCAGAAGAAAUGCACAUCAAGGCCAUUCAGAUUAAGGAGCAGCUUCUAGGUCAAGAAGAUUAUGAAGUUGCCCUGUCAGUGGGUCAUCUAGCUUCUCUCUAUAACUAUGAUAUGAAUCAAUAUGAAAACGCUGAAAAGCUUUAUUUGAGAUCCAUAGCAAUUGGAAAGAAGCUUUUUGGUGAAGGAUACAGUGGACUUGAAUAUGAUUACAGAGGUCUCAUUAAACUGUACAAUUCCAUUGGCAAUUACGAGAAAGUUUUUGAAUACCACAAUAUUUUGGCCAACUGGAACCGGUUGCGGGAUCGGCAGUUCUCAGUUACAGAUGCUCUGGAGGACGUAAGCACCAGCCCUCAAUCCACUGAAGAAGUGGUCCAGUCUUUUCUGAUGUCUCAGAACAUGGAUGGACAGAGUAGCUAAGAACUUGGUCAAUUAACCAGUUAAGGUUUUUUCCCCCAGGUUACAGGGGGAAAAGUCAUACUGUGAAAUCUAAACCAUGUAGUUCUCUGGGGGCUGGAAUUUGCAUUGAAACACUGGUCCAGUCUGCUGAAGAGUGCCCAUACGGAUGAAUGUGUGUUAAAUUCUUAUCAGCAUGUGUAUGGCAUGUUUAGUUCAGCUCACAUUUUUAACUUGGUAUUCCCGAAAACCCCUUCUUUCUCUCUUCUUUCAAAAGAAGCUACUUUGCAGAAAGUCUGCAAGAAAACAUUAAAUAAAACUGUUUGAGUUCAAAAGAGUUGCAUUCUUAUUAUGAAUGGAAGGUUUCAUCAAGAGCUUUCUUGUGAAAUAUAGAAAGAAUAAGUGCUGUACUAUAAGGAGUUACACGAGAAAGGUCUUUCUACUGUAUGCAUUGUAGCAAAGCUAAUCGUAAAUACCAAGAAAGGGAGAAUGCCCUAGCCUUGGCUGCUGCCUUAUGAAGAAAAGUGGCAAAGAACCACUUUGGAGAGCAACGUACUCUUUGUGAACCACGAUAGGUUGUUAAGCAAGUAACCACCGUAUGUUGUUUUUAAUAUCCUGAACUGGACCAGUGUUCAUCUGUAAGUGACAGAAGAUCCAGUAGACCAGCAAUCUUAGUUUUCUGUGGUACCAACCAAGAGUGCUAAUCUUCUGAACAGGACCAGGAAAAUCAAAAGUGGACCAGCCUGCUAGAAACAGUUUUUUGGACCAGUGGCUUUAAUUUAAUAUUUCUGCCCCUGCAUUCACUUUUACAGUAGAAUUAUUUCAUUUAGAUGUAUGAUCAGUGCAAAAUUAUAUUCAUGUAAUAGAUACAAAACUAGGAAGUGAACGUUCUUUAGCGGUUGCAAUGGCAUGUCUUUACCUAGUAAGCUUAUACAAAUAUUAAUGUCAAUGCCACAAGCAAAAACUAGAAACGCUUAACUAUUUGCUGCAGCCAUCUUUUUUUCCUAUUUGAAUGGGCUUACUCUAAUAAUUGAGGCAGUAACUUGUUUAUACCAGUUAAUAGUUUUGUAUUACAAUCCAGUUCAAUUUUAUGUUUCUGGAGAACACAACUUAUUGUACAGUUUGCAGGGGUCAGCGGAAAAUGCCAAAAAGCACAACAGGUCUUUUUUUGUGAUGCUUCAUUUCUACAUUAAACAAUAGUACAACCAGAAACCGAUUCCUUUAUAUUAAUUUAAAAAGCAGAAAUCAGCUGUAAAAAUCCUUUAAUAAUGCCUAUCUCACUAGCUUGUCUUAAUUUUUCUUCUGUUGGGGGGGGCUGCUUGGUUGUGUGGUUUUUUGGUUUGGGUGUUGUUUUUGGUUUUGUUUUGUGGUUUUUUGUUUUGGUUUUUUAACGUUGAGGUUAUACUCAUUUGAAAGUCUGUGUAACAUAGCAAACUAGAAACAACUCACUGCUGUUACCUCAGUUCUUCUUAGAGCGGCACAGACAGUGCUCCUAUAGUUAGGAUUCUGUCAGGUUUGGGUUUUCUCCCUUCCCCCCUAUUUUCAGGGGUUUGGAACUUGGCCGUGGAAGGUCGGUCCAAGCGGAGGCUCAGCCAGCACGGUUCCUGCAGGACUUGGGCUGGAUGUUUUGUUUGGGGUCUGGUUUCGAAGUUGUUUAUGAAGUUUGGGACAGGGAGAGCUGCUUGUUGGUCUUCAAGAAAGAGUGCAGAGAAGAAACAGAAAUUUCAGACACGACUUUGAGCUCAAUGGCUCUUUUAAGAACUGAAAUUUUACAGGCCAAUAGUUCAUAUACUGGUGCCUUCAAGUAUGUUUUUGGGGGGAAGGCUGAAUAAUACCAACUUUAAAAUGCAGUUAUGUAAUUAGUGAAUGCGGAUUUAAUGAUUGCAUACUUGGAAUAUCUUCACUGAUGUGAAAAGAAGUAUUUGCAUAAAAAACCCCUGUGGUAUUAAGACUUAGAUUGCAGUAUAUCCUCAAUGGCUGUUCAAUGAAAAUCCAGCUUAAAAUUAUGCAUGGAUUUAAAAUCUAAUUUCUUUAUAGCAAUUUUUGUUUAUGACUGCUAUAGGUACUACAAACAAAUUCAGCUAUCUACAAGCCAAAACAUUUUUAUCCCUGAAUGCCCAUGCAG